AUGUUGACGGAACUGAAUAGACUUAGCAGAAUUUGCAUUUCCAACAUAUUUGCAAAACGAAGGCUCCAAUUCUUUUCGACGACACAGGAUUUAGAUGAAAAACAAAAUUUAGCUGGUGGACCUCUGGAUGGAAUUCAAGUUCUUGACCUUACCAGGGUACUGGCAGGCCCCUACUGUACAAUGAUUCUUGCUGAUCUUGGUGCUAAUGUUAUCAAAGUAGAAAAACCUGGAGUUGGUGAUGACACUAGAACAUGGGGUCCACCAUUUUGUGGUUCAGAGAGUGCUUACUUCUUGUCAGUCAACAGGAAUAAAAAGAGUAUUGCUAUUGACCUUAAGAAAAAGGAUGGCCAAGAAAUUGUUAAGGAGCUGGUGAGACAGUGUGAUGUGUUGGUAGAGAACUACAUUCCUGGGAAGUUGGACAACAUGGGUUUGGGAUACAGUCAGCUGGCAGCCUCCCACCCAGACCUUAUCUACUGCUCUAUAUCAGGUUAUGGUCAAACUGGGCCCUAUCAACAACGAGCAGGAUAUGACAUCAUAGCAGCUGGACUAGGAGGAUUACUCCACAUCACAGGGCCUAGGGACGGGGAACCAUGUAAAGUUGGUGUAGCAAUGACAGACCUAUCUACAGGGCUAUAUGCUCAUGGGGCCAUCAUGGCUGCUCUCCUACAGAGACUUCGUACUGGCAAAGGUCAACACAUCGACUGUGACCUCGUAUCAACACAGGUGGCCUCACUGGUAAAUCUGGGCUCUAACUAUCUAAAUGCUGGACAAGAAGCUCAACGCUAUGGCACAGCUCACCAGAGUAUUGUCCCCUACCAGGCAUUCCAGACCGCAAACAGCUACAUAAUGGUUGGAGGCUGUAAUAACCAGCAGUUUACAGCCCUUUGUCAGAUGAUGGAGCUUGAUCACUUAUCCAGUGAUGUUAAAUUCAUCAACAACCAAAGCCGUGUGGAGAAUAGAGAGGAAUUGCUGGAGAUCUUAUCAGACAGGUUCCUGAGUAAAACCACAGAUGAAUGGUUAGCUGUAUUUGAGGGAUCAGGUUUACCAUAUGGGCCAAUCAACAAUAUGGAGAAAGUCUUCUCUGAUCCACAGGUUCUACAUAACAACAUGGUUCAGGAACUCCAACACCCUACAGUUGGACAAAUACAACUACCUGGUCCUGCAGUCCGGUACAGCCAAUACAGACGGCCUCAGGCUACAGCUCCUCCCACACUUGGACAGCACACAGAUUCAAUAUUAAAGAGCAUGCUGGGAUUUGACCAAGUGACUUUGCAGAAACUCAGAGAAAGUUGUGUGAUAGAAUGAUGCACCAAGUACGAAGAAAUAUUGAACUAGUCUUGUAUAUUGUGUUUGGUGCAAGCAGAAGAGUCUGGAUCAAAAUAAUAUAUUCAGGUUUUGAUACUCAAGUGAGUUGUUGGGCAGCUCAAUAUCAGGGACAUUUAUUCAAGAUUUCCAAUUAUAUGUUUGCCCUGUAUCACAAUCAGAUACAUGUAAUACUGUGUGUGUCACAUAUCACAAUCAGAUACAUGUAAUACUGUGUGUGUCACAUAUCACAAUCAGAUACAUGUAAUACUGUGUGUGUCACAUAUCACAAUCAGAUACAUGUAAUACUGUGUGUGUCACAUAUCACAAUCAGAUACAUGUAAUACUGUGUGUGUCACAUAUCACAAUCAGAUACAUGUAAUACUGUGUGUGUCACAUAUCACAAUCAGAUACAUGUAAUACUGUGUGUGUCACAUAUCACAAUCAGAUACAUGUAAUACUGUGUGUCACAUAUCACAAUCAGAUACAUGUAAUACUGUGUGUCACAUAUCACAAUCAGAUACAUGUAAUACUGUGUGUGUCACAUAUCACAAUCAGAUACAUGUAAUACUGUGUGUCACAUAUCACAAUCAGAUACAUGUAAUACUGUGUGUCACAUAUCACAAUCAGAUACAUGUAAUACUGUGUGUCACAUAUCACAAUCAGAUACAUGUAAUACUGUGUGUGUCACAUAUCACAAUCAGAUACAUGUAAUACUGUGUGUCACAUAUCACAAUCAGAUACAUGUAAUACUGUGUGUCACAUAUCACAAUCAGAUACAUGUAAUACUGUGUGUGUCACAUAUCACAAUCAGAUACAUGUAAUACUGUGUGUCACAUAUCACAAUCAGAUACAUGUAAUACUGUGUGUGUCACAUAUCACAAUCAGAUACAUGUAAUACUGUGUUGGUUUCAUAUCACAAUCAGAUACAUAUAAUACUGUGACACUAUAACAGUAAUAUUUUAAGAUAAUCAAAUUUCA